AUGGUCGACUUGAAGCAACAACUCCAAUGGAUUGACUACUUGGGUGUCGUUGCCGUGUGGCUCUGUUUCUUCGGUACCGUCUUGGUGAUCUCCGUCACCUGCAUUCUCUGGUGUUGCGUUGGAAAGGAAGACGAUCCGACCGUGUUUGCCAAAUACGGAUUUGGACCACAACCACGCGUUCCAUCUCAAAGAAGCAAGUUGGAGGUGGAAAAAGAUUUCUAA